AAUGUUGGUUAGUUUUCCAAUUCCAUCGUAUUGUCAAGUUUGUAAAACUGUUCUCCUUGAGUCCAGACUCUACGACAAUUGGUUUAUAUCUGGAUAAAUUGACGAAUAUUUACGGAUGUUUGAAUGAAAACUUCAGGCUUAGCAAAAUAUGUUUAAAAGGAUGAAACAUGUCUCGAUAUCAGUCUAGGAAUACCAUCACCGAACUUGAAAACCAGAGUGCUUGUGCUAAAUGUUGGAAAAUAACUUGGAAAACAAUCACCUGUAUAUUUUCCCAUGUCACCCUUAUAACCUUAGUAGUGACCUAUUGCACUGCUGGAGCCUUCACUUUCGAAGCCCUAGAAGUUGACUACGAAAAACAGGUCAAAAGGAGCAUAAAAGGCAUACGACAAAAUGUGACGAAUCACUUGUGGCAUCUGGCCUUGGAAUCCAAGGUCCUCGACGAGGUGAGCUUCACGAAGAACGCAUCCAGUCUGAUACAAAAUUUCGAAGGUGCCCUAGUCAAGGCUAUGACCAAAGACGGUUGGGAUGGGGAAGAAGAUGAGAACAUAGUGCAGUGGACUAGAACUGGCUCCCUGUUUUACUCCAUCAUAGUGAUCACCACGAUCGGUUACGGUCACAUAACUCCCAAAACUGCCCUCGGUAAGGUGGUCACAAUUUUCUACGCCAUAUUGGGUAUACCCUUGAUGUUACUAUGUCUAUCCAACAUCGGAGACAUUAUGGCCACGUCCUUCAGGUUUCUCUACUGGAGGGUGUGUUGCUACGUUUGCACAAGACCAAAAAAACCCAGGAGAUCUCGAUCAAUCAGGGGGUCGGUCAGAUCAGCUGAGAGAUUUUCAAGAUCCCGCAAUGCCUCUUUCAGAAGAUCCGUGAGAAAUUCAACGAGAUCUGCAGAUAGCGGUUACGGAAACCUAGAUAUGCACACCUCUCACUCAGACACCGAUUUGAGCAGAUACCACGAAUACACCAGGCAAGGGGGCAACCUCCAAAGGAACCAGCCGUCUAGAUUCUCAGACGAGCGAAGAGGUCAAUCAGCCCCCAGGUUCGGAGCCAGGGGUGGAUCCUUGGACAGGAAAAAAUUCCAGAACCGGCAUCAGAGAACCAGAGAAUUCGAGGCCUUGGAAAUGCAAGCCUUCGACAAGACUCCCAUCCUAUGCAACAAGUACGUGGUCAAGGAGGGAGAGUUGAAUGGUGGUGAUCCUCCAGCAGGAAUAACAGUGAGGGACCUGGACAAUGAGAGAAGAGGUCGAUCUAAACAGCAUCCAUCAACCAGUGAGAAAGAUCCCAACCAUUUACAAAUCCCAGUAGAGGACCACUUGGGAGAUGACCAGGAAGAACAGCAUCAUGCAAGAAAAAAGAGGCUAUCACCUCGACUCAACUCCAGUCCAAAGAUGAUGACCCCUCUGGGCUAUGGCUACAGGAGCAAGUACCUCGACGAUCCCGAUUCCGAUGAAGACUUCUUCUACGACGACGUCUACUACGACACAGAAAAGCACAGAACCCGGCCAGUGCCAAUAGGUCUAUGCGUUUUCCUCGUCAUGAGCUACAUAGUUGGAGGCGCCUUCCUCUUUGACUACUGGGAACAGUGGGGUCUGCUCAACGCAGCCUAUUUCUGCUUCAUAACCCUCACCACCAUAGGGUUUGGUGACCUGGUGCCGGCCAAGGGUGUCAGUCAAGAUACCAACGAAACUACUACCACUGUAACAGUCAGUAUAGCCUUGUGCUCGCUGUAUCUGCUGUUCGGCAUAGCUCUGCUGGCUAUGAGCUUCAACCUGGUGCAGGAGGAGGUCAUUACGAAUGUUAAGUCGUUGGCGAAGACGUUGGGGAUCAUCAAGAGUGACGAUGAGGACGAGUCAGACCUGGAUGAUGUCUGAAUGAAGGAAUACUUGUUGAAUAAAUGAAGA